AUGGCUUCCAAACCAGGGAUCCUCACUGAAUGGCCAUGGACAUGUCUUGGGAACUUCAAGUAUCUGAUAUUGGCUCCUUGGGUGAUUCACGCAACGUACUCGUUCAUGAUGGAGGAUGAAGCUGAAAGGGAUUUUUCUCACUUUUCUAUAUUCCCAUUUUUGCUAACAAGAAUGCUUCAUAACCAAUUCUGGAUUUCACUCUCUCGUUAUCGAACUGCAAAAGGUAGCAACAGGAUAGUCGAUAAGAGCAUCGAAUUUGAGCAAGUUGAUAGAGAAAGAAACUGGGAUGAUCAAAUAAUAUUUACUGGCAUAUUAUUCUAUUUGGGGUUCAUGUCUAUCAAGGAGGGUCAUCAUCUGCCUGUUUGGAGGACAAAUGGGGUGAUAUUGACAAUUUUGCUUCAUACUGGUCCAGUGGAGUUCCUCUAUUACUGGUUGCACAGGGCACUGCACCACCACUUCCUCUACUCACGCUACCAUUCCCACCACCACUCCUCCAUUGUUACUGAACCCAUUACAUCUGUAAUUCAUCCAUUUGCAGAGCAUAUUGCAUAUUUUGCGCUCUUCGCUAUACCAAUUCUUACGACUGUGCUGACCGGGACUGCUUCCAUUGCUUCAUUUUCUGGUUAUAUUACAUAUAUUGAUUUCAUGAACAACAUGGGUCACUGCAACUUUGAGCUCAUUCCCAAAUGGUUUUUCUCCAUGUUCCCCCCUCUCAAGUUCAUAAUGUACACGCCUUCGUUUCACUCUCUGCAUCAUACUCAAUUCCGAACCAAUUACUCCCUUUUCAUGCCAUUCUACGAUUAUGUCUAUGGAACAGUAGACAAAUCCUCCAACUUCUUAUAUCAUACUUCCCUCGAGAGAAAGGAGGAAGCACCUCAUGUUGUGCAUCUAACUCAUUUGACAACCCCAGAAUCCAUAUAUCAUCUACGUCUAGGUUUUGCAUCACUAGCCUCAAGGCCUCAUAAUUCUACGUGGUACUUGUGGUUAAUUUGGCCCGUCACACUUUGGUCUACAACUGUAACGUGGAUAUAUGGACGCACAUUUAUUGUCGAGAGAAAUAUUUUCAAGCAUCUAAAACUUCAAACCUGGGCUAUUCCAAAAUACAGCAUCCAAUACUACAUGAAAUGGCAAAGAGAAUCUAUAAAUAGUGCGAUUGAAGAAGCUAUACUGGAAGCUGAGGACAAAGGAAUUAAGAUUUUGAGCCUUGGUUUAUUGAAUCAGGAGAAGGAGCUCAACAGGAAUGGUGAGAUGUAUAUAAGAAGGCAUCCUCAGCUAAAACUGAAGCUGGUUGAUGGAAGUAGUUUAGUUGUUGCUGUUGUGAUGAACAGCAUUCCAAAAGGAACAACUCGGGUGAUCCUUCGAGGUGAAUUAUCAAAAGUUGCUCACUCCAUUUCCCUUGCCUUAUGUCAAGGGGGAAUCCAGGUAAGCGCAGUACGUCAAGAUGAGUAUGAGAAGCUUAAAGCAUGGCUUGGAAAUACUGAGGCAGCUAAUAAUUUGGUCCAAUAUUCCAAAAGCUAUGUUACAAAGGUAUGGUUAGUGGGAGAUGGACUAAGUGAAGGUGAACAAUCGAAGGCAUUGAAAGGAACAAUAUUCAUUCCGUUCUCACAAUUUCCUCCAAAGAAAAUACGCAAAGACUGCUUCUACAACAACACUCCAUCGAUGUUGGCUCCCAAGCAUCUCGAAAACAUCGACUCUUGCGAGAAUUGGUUGCCAAGAAGGGCGAUAAGUGCAUGGCGUAUAGCAGGAAUUGUUCAUGGUUUAGAAGACUGGAAUGUGCAUGAAUGUGGAGACACGAUACUCAACACUGAGGAAAUCUGGGAAGCCACUAUACGCCAUGGAUUCCGCCCUCUGACGGUGUCCACUAGAUCAAGCGGUCCACAUUAG